UUACUUCCUGAGAUGUAUUUCUACUGGGAUGUUUUACAAGCGGAUGUUUCCGUAUAUGAGUUUGCUUUGAUAUACUCGACGUUUAAUAAGACAUUUUUAUAAGAUCAGUAGCGGGGUUUCAGCGGUAAUUUGAUUUAUAAUGUCUGCGCAAGAAACGAUUGCUUUGUUUAUAUUUGGAUGUUUACUCAGGUCAUGGACAAACGCAGAUCUUAUCCAGAUCCCUAGCUCGGCCGUUAUUGUGACAUCGAAUGGUACUCCAUGGGACAACUGGACCGCAGAUAAAGUCAACCAGGGCUCAUAACGUCAAGACGCUAACGACUGUAAGUGUUGUGCCGCACUAGCAAGACCGUCGUGGGUGCAAUUGACACUGAACAAGACGUAUAUUGUGGAAAAAGUUCUUGUUCUGGGACGAACUGAUAAUUCUUCUGUCCAGUUUGCCCAAAUAACCUUGUCGAUGGGUUUAAUGACAGAAUCUCUUCAGGACGAACAAUUCACAAUUAAAAAUGAUACCGUUGCGGAGAAGUGGUUACAUCCUCCACGUGAAAUACAGUCUGUACGGAUUAUGGGCAGUAAGAGUGGCAGCGAACCUUAUAUGACAAUAUGCGAGAUAGUGAUAUUCAGACAAACAGACUGCCCACUCGGACGUUACAGCGUUAACUGUUCCAAGCAAUGUCAUUGCCAUGUGGGCUCAUGCGACAGUGUAACAGGUGCAUGUUGGAACAGGAUAUGUGAAGACUGAUGGAAAGGAAUGGCGUGCAAUGAAACUUGCGGUCUAGGUAUGUUUGGUCUUAACUGCACCUCCCCCUGCCAUUGUCUACAUGGGGCAAGCUGUGACCAUGUAUCAGGCAACUGUCCUGGUGACCAAUGUGCACCUGGAUGGACUACUAGUAACUGUAGUGUUGCCUGCGAAUCGGGAUCAUACGGACAAAACUGCUCCAUGGACUGUCACUGUGACAAGUGUCAUCACAUCGAUGGAUCCUGCGCAAUGUCUUCUCAAUGUCACGAUGGAUACAUGAUGGAUAACGGUUUCUGUAAACACCGCAUCCAGAUCCCUAGCUCGGCCGUUAUUGUGACAUCGAAUGGUACUCUAUGGGACAACUGGACCGCAGAUAAAGUCAACCAGGGCUCAUUACGUCAAGACGCUAACGACUGUAAAUGUUGCGCCGCACUAGCCAGACCAUCGUGGGUGCAAUUGACACUGAACAAGACGUAUAUUGUGGAAAAAGUUCUUGUUCUGGGACGAAGCGAUAAUUUUGUGCAGUUUGCCAAUAUAACAGUGUCAAUGGGUUUGAUGACAGAAUUUCUUCAGGACGAACAAUUCACAAUUAAACAUGAUACCGUUGCGGAGAAGUGGUUAAAUCCUCCACGUGAAAUACAGUUUGUACGGGUUAUGGGCAGUGGCAGUGGCUAUUAUAUGACAAUAUGCGAGAUAGUGAUAUACAGACCAACAGACUGCCCACUCGGACGUUACAGCGUUAACUGUUCCAAACAAUGUCAUUGCCGUGUGGGCUCAUGCGACAGUGUAACAGGUGCAUGUUGGAAUGGGAACUGUGAAGACGGAUGGAAUGGAAUGGCAUGCAAUGAAACCUGUCAAUCGGGAUCAUACGGACAAAACUGCUCCAUGGACUGUCACUGUGACAAGUGUCAUCACAUCAAUGGAUCCUGCGCAAUGUCUUCUCAAUGUCACGAUGGGUACAGAAUGGAUAACGGUUUCUGCAAACCCAAUGAAGAUACUAAGCAAUCGUUGACAAUUAUAUGGAUUGUAACGACAUUGGGGCUAUGUCUGCUGGUAGUUGGCGUCACCAUUGCUAGCCUGUGUAUCCGAAGGAAGAAAAUAGAGGCAAAAAAGAAAGCUCUGAAAACCGCUCAACAGAUCGAACUUCAACCAUCGAAUAGAGCUCAAGUCUUGCCCGACGACACUCAUGACGAUAACAUCGUGCAUUAUGAGGUCGUCCCUGACGCCAUUACAAAGCACGAGGCGACCUCAAUGUACGAGUCUCUCCAGAUGGCAGAUAUGCAUCUGUACUCUGGUUUGCGGGAAGCCAUGCCCAUGUCCCCAGCACCGUUUGAUGUAUUGGGCCUAAUUGCUGAGAGCAAAACUCCAGUUAGAAGGCAUUUUGCACUGGCAGAAGAACUGGACAAUGCCACUUCAUUCGAGUCAAAGUACACGACGGCCGAAGAGGAGGAAAAUGACAACGCAGCAGAGACCAAUUACGCAGACUUCGAACUGUUAGAGAAUGACAGUGAAGAAGGAAACAACUAUGAAGCCGUAAACAAAGAGUACCAGUUUGUCAAGUAGGGUACACAAACAUGUAUUGCUUCCGAAAAGGCAUAUUUGUUCAUAGCUUGAACUUAAUAUGCGUCAAUUUUAAAGUCCUCAAUUCAAAUUAACUUUUAAGGUUUACAGGUAUAAAUAUUUGACCCCGUAAUCAGGGGUGCUUUAUCAAAAUACACGCCCGAGAAUGAAAUCCCUUGGUUUCAGCAUAUUCGGUAUACAGCCGUCACGCUCAUUAUUAGGACGUAAUUUUGUUUAUUAAUAUGACGUCAAUUGGUGUUGAUUGUGCUCUUUCGUUGAUUUGUUUUUUGUUAACAAUAAUUGGUGGUGGUGGUGCUGCUAUUUAUUGUAAUGUUUUAAAUAAAUACCGAAUAUUGUGAGAGUAUUAUACGAUCAAUAAAAUACCAGGUGUAAACGUCGAAUACUAAUACGUUUAUUUGUUCGGCAUAAAUAUACGUGCCUACAACAAAGAUUCGUGGUUUAUGUUUUCAAUGCUUCGCUAAAUGAACUGUUAUCAGCCCAUUUCUUUAAUGAGUUUAUGAACUUUGUUACAAGCAGUGAUGGCUGGUAUAUUUUUUUGCCAUGCUUUUCAGCAAAAGAACAAACCAUACUCUUACCAAAACUUUUAAUAAACACUUACGGCUAUUAAUAAAGGAAGUUAUCUUAUUUGAUGAUGAUGUUUGGUCAUUUUGAUUAAUGAUUAUCAUACUUAUCGCCAAUCAUGCACUGUAAACCCUUUGAAAACAAAAACAGUUAUCAUAAUAAAUAUUUUAGAAGAAAAAAUACGUUUUUUUGAUAUUCGUAUUUCAAAGGUAAAAAUUAUGUGUUUGACAUGUUUGAGGUUUGUCAAAUUGCAAUGGUUUGUUUAAUUUUUGUAUUGUUCACAUAAAUUAAUAAAACGUACUAAUUUUUAGGUAACAAUUGAAUUUCUCUGUAAAGUUAUGGAAUAUAGUACUACAAAAUAAACUUCGUUCCACGUUUUUGAGAUAAAAUGGCAUUUUUGACGGUUGUGUUGUGCAAUUUAAGUAUGUUGCCAUGUUAACUUCUUUGGUUCAAGAAUUAUUGUUGACAGUGAUGUUAUGUCUAUAAGUAUAAUAAAGCUAUGAUAGUGUAUACUAUUAUAUAUAAAAAUAUAUUUGAAUGAUUUGACGUUUACUUAUUUGCGUAAGUGUACUGGUACUAAAUAUCAAUUUUAAUACACCUGAUAUGAUUGCUUAUAAAACUACGAGAUGACUGUUUUAUAUGGACGAGAAGGUUUUAUAUUGAACAAAGGAAUCGAAAAUAAAAAUAAAGUGUAAAUACUCAAGCACAAUAGCACUGUAUAAUGUACCCAAUAUGCAAAGCUUUUGUAUUUUGUAUGUUCCCUAAGGGAGGAAUAUAGUUUCCGCACUGUCCUUCAUUUCGUCAGACAGAGUCGGUACGUUUUGGUUUUCCCUUUAUAUCUCAAUAAGUUUUCAUCCGAUCACACUUUGUGCUUUGGAGUUAUGACCCUUGGAGUUCUCAAUCUAGUGCUCUUGUUGAAGAUACAAUUUACACAGAGGAUAUCUCGACAACUUAAAGAGGUAUCUUUUUUGAACUUUAUUUAUAAGCAUUUUUUAUUAAGAUGACGUGCUGUUCACCAUGAAUCGUGCUUUUCUAUUCUGAGAGUAAUUGUCCGUUGGUAACUCAUGCUCCCCUGGUUUAGUGUCAUUUCCAUUUGGGUUUUUUUCCAUUAAAUUUUGUCCGGAACAUAACUGAAAGUGUCACGUCGUGUUAUAUAAAGUGACGAUGACGUAAUGACACAAUACGGGGGUAUUGUGUAAUUCAAAUCUUUUUUCUAGUUUAUUCAUUUGUUUUGCCGCAUAUGUAUUCAUAAUUUAACAAUCGAUGUUUUUUUCAACCAUUAGCCUUUUAAGAUCACUGUCAUUUUAACCAUGUUAAUGGUAGCCAUCUUUUGUAAUUCGUUUAUUAUUCUGUUCUAAUCUACUCGUUUUUUGACAGCAUUUUGUUCUUAUACACAACUAUAAAGUACAAAUAUCAUAAAUACAGGAUCUUGAGGAAUUCAGGAAUUUUGCCAAAGCCAAAGCUCGCUUACACAGGAAUUUCCUUGACGAGUUUAAUAAAAUAUGGUAUGAUAUGGCAACGAGUAUCAGAUGUGUUUUAUCACAUGCUUUUAAAUGAGUAAAUAUUUACGCAAACAUAAUGAUAAAUCCCGAAUGUUGUUUACAUUUCGUGACGUCAUUUGACGUUGCAACGUCAUUUCAGCAAAAUGCGAUUGGUCAAUAAACAAAAACUAGGCCACUGAAAACGCUUUAAAUGUAUAUUACACAUAUCUAAGAUAAAAAUAUAUGUAAUGGUUAUAUUACAUGGGUAACAGGGUAUGACAUGUGAUAAAAACAAAUAUAAGCACGAGUUAAUGUCAAAGCCGGUUUCAAACUACAGCAUUAUUUGAUGUUGAAUGUUUCUUUUAUAAAUUGAAAUGACAUUGUAGUGAACUUACGAAGCAUAUAUAUUCGGGUGGUGUUAUAUGACAGUGAGCAUAAACUGCGUAACGUCUCAAGGAAUGAGUAGCUAAAUUGCUCAACUUGACAUGUUACAUGAAAAUCCAUCUUUUAAAAAGGAGAACAUCCUAUGUUUAAACGCCAAUGUCCUUAUUGCAUGAUUGUAAUUAACUCCUUCUACAAUUGUGUUUCUGAGACGCGCGGAUGUAAUUAUUUGCGUCCUUCCUGUUUGUUUGGGUGUGUGUUUAAUAGGCAAUAUGUAUUGUCGUUAGAGUUUUGCGCUCAUAGAGACAAAUUUCUUGCUAUCGGAGCGGUUAUGCAAUUUUAAUUUCUUUUUGUUUUGUAUAGCAGUAUUUUCUCUUUACAAUUAAAAGUAUAAGUAUUUCAACAAUAAUAGUUACCGUUAUUGUUCAUUAUCCGAUUUAAACAUGUUUCACCAAAUAGUUGUUCAAUAUUACUUUUCAAUCAUUAAUCUGUAAUAGAAAAUACUUUUUUGAAUAUCUCAAUGCUAAUGGUAAUAUAUUAUUUGAUGAUAUGUCAUACUGCUGUAAAAAAGCACAUAAAGUUUUGAACUUAUA